CACACAUACAGUGAGAAGGAGAAAGGGCGAGCAAAAAGGGAGAAAAUCCCAGACACUUUCUCUUUCUGGUUGUUUAGCUGAGUGUAUGGAGCCAUUGGGUCUGCAAAAUGAAACUUUCAUCUGUUGUGAUAGUUCUCCUGACUAAGGCCUUUUUUGGAGAGCUGACUGAAGCCCUGAAUGUGACGGUGACCCCAGGACCUGUCAGUAUGUGUCUGGAAGGAGAGAAUAUCACUGUGUCCUGUUUGGUGUCUCAGAAGAAGAGGAGUAGCAGUGUCCUGGUGCUGCGCUGGCUCUACUUCCCCACACCCAAUGAAGAGCACCUAGUGGUCAAGAUGAACUUCAAGAAAGCUAAGUACUAUGGGAACUACAGUCGUAGUUUUGCCCAGAUGAAAUUCCAGCUCUGGGAGGAGGUGGAAGGGCAGAUAUACCACCUGCUGAUCCUAAAGGUGUCCAGGGAAGAUGGAGGCAACUACACCUGUAAAGUGCAAGAGAUACGCAGACAUAGGAACAAGUGGAGAUCCUCCUCAAAUGGCACAGGCUCCAUGGAGUUACGAGUGCACUACACUACAGCCUCUGAGAGCACUGAUAAUAUAUGGCGCUUGUUCCAAGAUCUUUAUCUGUGUGCAGUGCUAAUCUGCUCAGCUGGUCUCCUGUGUAUGCUUCUCUUCACUGUAACAAUUACAUGCCAGUAUAUACAACACAAACAGAAGCUAAAAGCCAACUACUAUUUGGUGAAGUUCCCUGAUAGCAGUUCAGGGGAGACAAUGACCAGCGUGGCCAGUUCCUCCACUGGUAUGCACAGGAAAGAAAAGCGGCAUAAAGCCCCACCCAAAUGCAUCACUCCACAACCACCACAGAUCCCAGUGAAAGCUCCUGUCCCAAAUAAGCCACGCAGGACCAAACUUUUAAAAGUCCAACCUAAAAAAACACACAUGCCAAGGGUGGCAGAUGACAGCCUGACAUAUGCUGAGCUGGAGCUGGUCAAACCAGUGCCUGAAGCUAAAAGCAGCAACUCAGGGACUGCACAACUGGAACCCAGCUCAGGAACUGUAUACGCCCAGAUUCUCUUUGUGGAAAAGCAAGUCUGAGCCCAGUUUUGAAUUCUAAUUAUUUAUGACACCUUUUUUGAUAUUGUGUAUAUGUUUAACUCAUGUUGCAUUAUUUCCAGUAUAGAGGUAUUGUUCAGUAUCUGGCAUUUGGGUUUUCUGAUUCUUUUUCUCUCCAGCAUAUUCAACAUUGUGCCUGAGGUACAUAGGUUGUAUAUUUUAAAGAGAAUUAUUUUUUGCAUUACUGUUGGAUUUAAUCCAAUACAUGUAUUUAAUUUCAAUUACAAAAGUUUUUAAUAUGUAAUGUAUUUUCUGUCAGUGGUGUUUUUAUAAUACAGACACCCAAUCCUCUUACUCUUAUGAACGUAGCAGAAUGAGCUACAAUAAUCAUUCACUAAGUCUUUUAUUGAUAUUCCCAUAGCUAUUCAAUUUCACAAGAAUGACCAAAACAUCUCUUAGAGACCCAAAACAUGACUACUGCAAUUGCAGGCUGGUUUUUAGUACUGAAACCACAAAUAAUCAAAAAUAAAAAUGUAAUGUGCCCAUUAGCCAUGCUCUUUUGGAAUCUCAGAGCUACUCCUGGAGAACUUCUGCCACUACUUAGAUUUUGACUGUAUAAAUUCCAUAUAUAGUGCAGCAGUGGUAUGGCAGGGGAAGGUCAAAAGUAAAGCUUCUCUGGCUAUGUGCAUUGCCACUGUUAGAUAGCAUGAACAACAGAUCCCCGUGUAUGUCUUAGUUUAUUCUCAGGUCUGCCAUAAUCUUCUCUGAGCUGAGAAGUGUGUCUCUCUCAAUCUCCCCCACAUGCCUCAGAGUCAGUGACUGCAAUGAACCCUCUAAUGGUUACAUUUAUUAAAAUUAUACUAAUUGUAAUCAUGCUUAAUAAUUAGCUUUACAGUGCAUUAUAAUUGGGUUAGGCUACAAGAUGGUUCUGCCUAGGUGCUAUAAUUUAUUUGAUUUAAUUAUUCAGAAGAGCCCAAAUGGUUUGACAUUUAAUAUCAUAAAAUCACUGACGUAUUAAAACUGAGAUAGCCAUUG